AUGCAGAACGGGCCUGUUCCGACGACACUGACUCUACUUUCCGAGCUCGGGAAAUUGGCCCCUGGUUCGAAAGUACGCUUCCUAGGAUGUGUUACGAACUAUUCUACCAAGACCGCCACUCUCACUCUGGAGCACAAUCAUCCGCCUGGAAACCUUCUUCAAGCACAGGUGGACGUCACUCUUCUUGUAACGACUAUGAAGUCAAACGACACCCAGAUAGGAGAAUGGGUGAAUGUCAUGGGUUAUUUGACGAGUCGAAAAGAGAAGCAAACGCCCAACCGGCCAACGCUGGAAGUGGGCGUUCAAGCUAUUGUGCUAUGGUCUUCUGGGUCGUUCAAUUUGCAAGCAUAUGAAGAGAGUCUUGAUAAGCAUACUCCUUGA